AUGAACAGUAACAGCACUAUCGAAGAGGACGAGCUCGUCAGUGUCCUCCCAAUCCAUUUCUCCAAUGCACUUAACCCCAACAUCCAAUUACACCAAUUCCCUCUUCUCUCCCGUCCGCUACAAACGCCUCCUUCAGCCGUGACGAGUGGAAAGCGCAUACAAGCGCGAAUCAAACCAGGCGUGCGCAGACUAGAAAUCCAUGUGCCCGUCGAUCCUCGCCCAGAAGUGUGGAACAGUGAGAAAAGCAGGGACCUUGGAUCAGCACGGCAAGUAGAUGAUCGGGAGAAAAAUCAAGACUCUGGUAAAGGAAAGCAGAGAGAUGGGGAGGAGUCAAAGUUGACUGAGGUGCGCCUUCGGAGUGAGCAGAUUCAUCACCAAGGUGCAUACAUGCUGGGGGUGAUACGAAAUGGACGUCUUAAUUUGCAUCCCAUCGAGGAAACACAUCAGUUUCGACCUACUCUAACAUAUCUCGACGUCCUGAGUCGGAGAAGUAAAAGAUCGCGAGGUGGAGAGUCCGACGACGACUCUGACGAUGGACCUCCCCCUGAUCCAGACGAGGUUGCUCCACCGCCGACAACUGCGAAAAAGGAGAAAAAGCCCCUCGAAGUGAAGGAAGUUCAGGUUGCGGCACGCAAGGCCGGAGACGACAAGGCAGGCAUCCCGCAGGGCGGACUCUCGGCCGCACGCCGAGAGAUAUUGCACAUUAUAAGAGCAGAAGAGGACGAAGGAUGGGAGGAUCUGGAAUUUUAUGAUGGCGAGUCAGCAGAGGCUGGCGCGUCGUUUGAAGCGACGUUCUCGCGGCGAGAAGACCAGCUGGAGUGCAAAAUGGACAUGACUGGAUUCCUCAAAAGCAUACCUGGCUUGUAACAUUAGUUGCAGAGCGCUGUGUAAGGUUUGCAUGUACAUGGGCAUGAAGGCUGUGAGGUG